GCCGGCGAGCGGAGGAAAGUAUCACCAGGGUAACCAGUGUGGACCAGUGCCUCUGUGAGCUCUCCCCGACCCCUCCAGCAUCCGCGUGCAUCUUCGCAGCCUUCAUCCCCGGCACAUACACAAUUCCAACAGGCAGACAUGGUGAAGCUAGGGAGUAAUCUGGCUGAGAAGCUGGAGAAGGAGCCGAGUGUGGAAGAUGGCUUUGAUAACAUCCCGCUGAUAACGCCUCUGGAUGUGAGUCAGCUGCAGCAGCCAUUUCCCGACAAGGUGAUUGUGAAAACAACAACAGAGUACCAGCUCCAGCAAAAGAAGAAGAAAAAGCUACAGGUUCCUGGAAUAAAAAAACUGAACAUAAACCUGUACAGUGAAGUGUCUGAGAAAGUCAAGCUUACAGGCCUCAUCCUCGUCACCAUGGCGUUUCUGGCUUGCCUUCUUCUCUUGGUCAUGUACAAAGCUCUGUGGUACGACCAGCUCAGUUGCCCAGAAGGCUUUGUUUUCAAGCACAAACACUGCACCCCCGCAGCCCUUGAGAUGUACUACUCUGAGCAGGAGACAGGCCCACGGGGGAGCCUUUAUACAGCCAUCAGCCACUUGAACCAAGCCAAGAAGACCGUCCCCGAGCUAUCGUCGCCAUGGUUACCCAUCAUCAACUCUCUGAAGGAGGCAAAGAAAGUAAAAGUGGAAUCCAGCCAUUCCCAGCAAUAGACCACAUGUGAGCUGACUGGAGACCAGUGUAAC